CCUGGGUCACGUUUGAUUUCCCGGACUGGUAGGAGCAGCUGUAGAUGCCCCCUUUCUUCUAGUUCAUUAGUUCGCACCGCUGUUUCUACUUCAUCCAUAUUUGUAUUGCAUUGUGACAGCUUCAAACUACAAAGGAACCAAGCUCCUAGUAUUGGCCAACUCACCAGAGCUCUCUCUUUCUCAAGCAGCAACAACAACAACUUGAAGAUGCUCUCCACCAUCGUAACGAUCCUCCUCACCUCCACUUACCCUGCCGCGAGAGCAGCACUGGCAACAGGCGGCGACCGUGACACCCUCAACCGUGACAUGAAGCUCCACAUGAUCCCAUCGCCUCGACAAGCCGCACCUAACACUGACAGCGGCGGCCUCAUCGACCCCGUCACCCAGCCAUACUGCGACUGGAGCGAAUGCUGGCACUGGGGGUUUCCACCGCACUAUCCGGCCCCCGAAGUCUGCGAGCUCGUCGACGGGCCGUGUCCCAUCGACCAGUCAUCCGACAAUCUUAAUUGGGACACUGACACGCCGGGACCCGACGCUGCAAAGUGCGGCGUGAAGCAGUACCGGAAGGAUUGCUACUGCAACCUCAAGACGCCGCUGUAUUGUGCUUGGAGGUGUAACUGGACUAUUUGGGAUACCAGGUGGCAAACCGAAGACUGGUUCUCCCGCGCCUGCCCGGGCUCCCGCGCAUCCCUCCCCAUCGAUUUCUCCCCUCUCCCGGCCUGCGCCGCGCAGUGCCUGGACGACAACAGCUUCCAGGCCGGGUGCAUCACGCAGACCAGCAACUGCUUCUGCUCGCUGGGGAAGCUGUUCGACUGCCACCAAAAGUGCGGGUCCGAAGACGAGUUGGUGCGGAUCGCGGCCUGGCUGCAGGAAGUGUGCGACCUGCCGAAAGCCGAGGCAACAAGUGCCUUGAAUGUGGGAACCUUUGUCCUGCAGACGGCCACGCCGACGGGCACCGUGACGGAGCCCACGCAGUCGGCUACGGGUGGAGCUGAGGUGAAGCUCUUCCUGCCUGUCCUGUCGAACGAGGGGAAUAAACUGAGUUGGGAUGAGAUUUUUGUGGUGCUGUGUGCGUCUAUUACCGGGGCGGUUGGGUUGGGAGUCUGGAUUUAUAGCUGCUUCGCGAAGAAGCCUAGGGGGAGAGCGAAGCGGACUGUCCGUGCCCGUACCUGGAAUCAGACGGAUACGGAUAAGGCUGAGAAGGGGCAAGCGAGAUAGGUAUGACGUCUUGGUGGAAAUAUGGGGGGGCUGAAUGGGCCGUUUGUUGAAUGCGGUGGUGGGAAAGGGGUACUCCUAGGGCACUGUGUUGUGGAGAGACAAACUGAUCAGAGCUACAUGAUAAUGUAUGUUAGUUAG